GAAGUGUAAUGAAAAUUGCACAUUAGGAUGAUAAAAUCUUCAAAAAACUCCCUAUCUAAUGGCAAGAAGGUAAUUAUUCUGAAAAUUUAUAUAAUCCCCAUGUAGCAAUGACAAAAUUAGAACAAUAUUAUAAUAUUGUAUAGAAUCUUAGUUUUAACACAAUGAUUAGAUAUUUCAACAUUAUGAUUAUAAUUAUUAAGUAAAUUGCUACAUAUUUGAGCCCUCCCUAUUGUUGUUGUAAGGAUACAUGGAGAUUUAUUCACAAGCCUAGAAUUAAUUAAUGAAUUUUUCAGUCAUGAACAGCAAGUGGCAUGGUUGGAUAUCAUUGGAGGGGGGAGCUAUGGUUUGCAUUACCGGAUAUGCCAGGGAAAUAGAUUUGAGCAGUUAUUAUUUUUAGAUGUGGAUAAAACAAAGGCUUCUAUUUUCUAUUGCAUAAAAUAAACUCUUGAUUUAGAUCCACCACCGCCACAGUUGUAUUGUGAAAUCAAAACGUAGACAUGACAUCAUUCAUCGUCUUACCCAGUCUUUCAUGAACAUUGCAUUUUGUAAAACAUUAGGCCUAAUGUUGCACUAUAUUUUGGAGCUAGGGGACCACAAGACUUAGGAUGAUAAUCCACGUGAAAUUCACAAUCUUAGACCAAGAGAGGACGAGAAAUAAGCUUUACAGUGGAGUUCAAACUUUAUAUAAUCCUGACACAGUGACUGCUGAUGCCAACAGUAAUCUACCAUUUAUCACCAACUAUAAUGCCAUGGAGACCACAUCACAGGUUCCUGGUCAGCUGGUGAUUGACCAUGAAGGUCAGCUGACAGUUCCAUCAGCAUUGAGUAAAGCAAACAGUGAUGAUAUGGAUACCAGCCAGCCCACUGCAUUUGGGCUACACAAUUCUAGUUCAUUCGAAUUUUCAAAGGGUAAGAAAGCUGUUGAAAGGAGACGAUUGCCCUCAGACGAGCGUUGUAAUUUCUGUGAGAAAGCAUUGAGCCGAGAGCAGUCAUUACAGUGCUGCUAUUGUCAGAGGAACUUCUGCCAGCUUUGUUCUGUAAUAAACUAUGAUGAAAGUUUUGAGAGAGUUUUCUGUUUGGGUUGUUCAUCGUGAAAUGUCUCCUAUAUUAGUUCUUCCAAGUCUUGUUUUAAAAAAAAUUAUGCAACAUCAAAGAGUUACUACCUGUACCAUUAUCCUGCUGCUGAAAAUACAUGAGGGAAAGAUUCCACAUUCAUCAGAGGAGUUCUGCAUCUGUUUAGGCAUCGAUGAAAUACCUGACUUUGCUGAAAAUUACCUCAUUUGUAUAUAAAACUAAAUCUUUUAAUGUUCUUUUUUUUUUUUUCAUUCUUGAUUAUGUUUUGUAGUAAUUUUGUUGUUGUAAAUGCACAAAAGCACAGAUGUUCAUAUUAUAGCAAUUGAAUCCAGACUCAAGCUUGCAUUUGCAUGUUUGUCCAAUUUCAGAUAUUUUCUGUUAAUAACAAGUAUGUCAAUACAGGUGAAAAAUUACCAGCAUCCCACCCCUUGUACAGCUUGGAUAGAAUUGUCAGGUUGAUUUUCAUAUUCAUGUAGAUUUCAUUAAGAAUCAAAUACGUCUCAUAAAUAAUUUUCAUUAAGUAGCUGCACAGAUAACAAAAGUGUUAUAUUCACUGCUCCAAGUUUUGUAGGCAUAUUUGUACCUAUUGUUCUUGUUUGCCAAUUAACAAUGUAAAAUGAUCCAAGUUUUAUAUAGAUAUAUAUUUUGUUUUUGUCAAAGUUUUAAGCCCAUCUUUUCGUAUACCUGUAUUUUGUACAGAAUCCAAUGUGUAUCAUAUUUGUAAAAACAGUACAGUGUAUUUGUAUCCAGCAUACAUUGAUUAUAUAUACAGAAUAAUCAGUGCUGUUGAAUUGUGUACAGACUAAAUCAGUUUGUUAUUGAAAGAUAGGAUUAUGUAUGAUUAGAAGAAUAUGUUUCAUAUUUGGUUAGAAAUAUAAUCACAAUGGCCCCUUUCAUAAUGUACCAUUUUAGAAAAUUUGGUAAUGAAAAUACUUUUUAUAAUCGGAGAUUCUUGGGCAUAUAGUUUUUAGUCUGUUUGUCCGUAGAAACUGUAACCUUGGCCAUAACUUUUGUAUGGAUGGUGAUAGGGCUUUCAUAUUCCACAUGUGUACUCCUUGUAACAAUACCUUUCUUUUGGUACUAAAUUUUGACCUUUUGUUUUUGAAAAACUUCAACCUUGGUCAUAAUUUUUGAAUGGUUGGUGAUAAUGCUUUCAUAUUUCACUUGCCUAUACCUUUUGACAGAACCUUUUUAUAGGUUGCAAAAAUUUGACGUUAUGACCUUGCCCUUGGAGUUUAACCUAGGUUUGAAAAUCUUUAACCAUAGCCAUAACUUUAAAUCAAGAAUUCAUGAUCCUAGGGGUUGCGGUUUUGGUUCCAGGGUGGGGCCAGAAUUAUUGUAAUGAAUAUUGUCUUUAUCAGUUGAAAGACUUCUUAAUUUUGUUGAUACUGUAUAAAAACUAAAUGCACAUUAAGGAAAGGGAAAGCUGGGUGUACCAAAAUUUUUAAUUUACCAACUUCAGGGUUCUGUCUAGGGCGGUUUCAAAAUAGUCCUAUAGUGUAAAAUAUUAAGUACAUGUAUAUUAUGUCGUCUGCCACCAGUAUGGGCAUUUUUGGUGGCGUUUGUGUUUUAGAAAUAUUAGAAUUUAGCUUAGAUAUACAGAAAAGGGAAAUUUUGAUAGAUUUCAUAGCCUUUGGAAUUAGUGAUACUUUUAACCAAUACUCAGAUGACCGUUAAGGCCUUUGGGCCUCGUUUCUUAGAAAGAUUAAAGAAUUAAAUUGAAAUCUUUGCACAUUGAAUGGUAAUGUAAUCUUUUAAUAAAAUUGAUUGUACUAUUUGUGCAUGUAUAUAAUUUUGAUAUUUCUAUUUGAGAUAGCAAUAUUAAAAUCUUGAAAGUGA